AUGCUCCCGAGUCCCGACAGCCUCUGGUCCCUACCAUCACACUUACCCCCUUCCAAUCAUUCAGACUAUGUCUAUUCGAAUGGAAUGAUCACGUCCUACCUACGGACGGGCUUCACAAGGUUGCUUCGUCGAGAACAUCAUCCAGGGUGUCAUGAUCCACCAACUCACCACGGAGACCUACAUCAUGUCUACCUCAAGGGCUCUGGACCAGGCGGUCAAAAGAUCAACAAGACGAACUCCGCCGUGCAGAUAACUCACAUACCUACCGGCAUUGUUGUCAAAUCCCAAGCCACGCGCUCGCGCUCUCAGAACUACAAGAUCGCAAGGCAGAUCCUGGCAGAGAAGAUCGAGCACUUGGAGAAAGGGGGUGAAAGUAGGUUGAGCAAGAAGGUGGAAAAGACGGGUACGCAGAAGAGGAGCAGGGAAAAGAAGGCUAGAAGGAAAUACCGCGCGCUGGAGGCUGCAAAGAAUGGACAAGUGGAGGACGAUGAUCGACGAGAACCAGGGUCUCACGCGGAAGCAGUACGGGAAGAAUCAGGUGACCCGGUCGCUUGUCACGGUAAGAAUCGCUCACAAGAAGAGAGGAAGACGAGAGAAGAUAAUGUUGGGAUUUGA